AUGUCUCUACUUUUUUAUUUAUACCUCAUAAUGAGCGUUUCUGCAGAAGCACAUGGUUUUUGUCCUUCGCAAUGCACUUGCGUUUACCAUGGCAGAAGUGAUGGCACUGGAACAAGAUCUGUGCUCUGUAAUGACCCCGACAUGUUUGAGAUCCCUGUGAAUGUUCCUGUGGAUACUGUAAAACUUCGUAUAGAAAAAACUGUCAUACGAAGGAUUCCCACUGAAGCCUUUUACUAUCUAGUAGACCUCAAAUAUCUGUGGGUAACUUACAACUGUGUAGCCAACAUUGAUAUCAGCAGCUUCUACAACCUGAAACAACUGCACGAGCUCCGGCUGGAUGGUAAUCUGAUCUCAACUUUCCCUUGGGAGUCUCUGGCAGAGAUGCCCAACUUGAGGACUCUCGAUUUGCAUAACAAUAAAGUGACCAGCAUUCCAGCCGAGGCUGGCAGGUACCUGAGGAACCUCACCUACCUGGACAUCUCCAGCAACAAGCUCACCACCCUGCCCUCUGACCUGAUGGACAUUUGGCCGCCCUUCUCAGAAGUUGUCCCUCCCAAAAGCACAGACAUUCUGGCAACUCAGAGAGUCAUUUUGGGUUUGCAGGACAACCCAUGGUUUUGUGACUGUCGCAUUUCAAAGUUAAUUGAAUUUUCCAAAAUUGUGGACAACUCAAUUGUACUUCUUGACCCACUGGUUACAUGUAGUGGACCGGAGAGCUUGGCAGGGAUCUUGUUCCAGAGAGCUGAGUUAGAACAGUGUCUUAAGCCAUCUGUGAUGACAUCAGCAACCAAAAUCACCUCCCCGCUGGGAAGCAAUGUGCUACUACGCUGCGAUGCAACCGGAUACCCAACACCACAGCUUACCUGGACUAGGUCAGACAAUAUACCAGUGAACUAUACAGUAAUUCAAGAAACACCUGGAGAAGGUGUCCGAUGGUCCAUAUUAAGCUUGACAGGGAUUUCAUACAAGGAUGCAGGGGAAUACAGAUGCAAAGCAAAGAAUUUAGCAGGAAUGUCAGAAGCUGCUGUUACUGUCACAGUGGUUGGUGUUGUUACUACAACCGUGUUGCCACAGAAGUAUGGAAGGAAGCAGGAGGCUGAGAGACAGAAUACCACACUGGAGGAAUCCAAGAAGGAACCUGAGAGAACAACCACACCUCUUCUGACCACAUCAACCACCACAACAGCACAGGUUACCACUGAAAGAUCAACAAAUGCCAGGGUUACUGACAAGAAGCAAUCCAGGUCCAUGGCUGAUGGAAAGAAAAAUUCAAAGACAACUUCACUUAAGGCAGCAGCUACAGCUGAGCAAAAUAUUACUGUGAUGGACCUAAGGGUGAUCACUGAAACAGAUGAAAGAGUGACCUUGACUUGGAAAACUGUCAAUGCCUCAAGCAACACUGCAGUGACUGUGUUAUAUUCAAAGUAUGGAGAUGAAGAGAUGUUGCCUCUGAGCACGGAUUCUAGCAAAAACAAAGUCACAAUUGAUGGUUUGCAACCUAGUACUCAGUAUAUGGCAUGUGUUUCACCCAAAGGAGUGCCACCUACAAAAGAGCAGUGCAUUAUUUUCACUACUGACAUGUUAAAUGAUGAAAGCAGCUCUCAGUUUUCUAUUCUGAUAAUGGGCAGCAGUGCAGCAUGUGUAGUUGUUUUACCUUUGAUAAUUUUCUUACUCUACAAAGUUUUAAAACUUCAUGUGAAACCCAAAGCUCCUAAGGAAGCUGACCUUGCAAAAGAGACUUAUGUGAAAUUUGAAACACUCUCUCUCAAGCCUCGAGCAGUGAAUGCAGGAGGAGAACUCUGGGCAAGAAGAUACACAGAUGAGUCAGAAAGACUUCUCCUUUGUUCUAGGUCAAGUAUGGAUUCUCAAAUGACCUUCAAAAGUGAAGGCUCUAGGUCUGAGUAUCUGUGUUGA